CCCUUCCUCUCACCCUUCCUCCCUGUCCUCACUGCUCUGCUAUGUGUCUCAACCCCAUCCCAACCUGUUCUCUCCCCUACAGAACGCGCUUCCGCAGGCGAGGCCUCCCACGGCAACGGAACCUCUCCAACCUUCGCUAUCCCUCACUGACCCCCUGUGACAACUUCACGGUCGCAGGAGGGCUAUGGAACUGCCAGUCUGCUACGCGGAAGGCUGACUUCAUUUCGGCCUACGCUUCCCUCCUCUCUACAUUUCCUUGCCCUCACCGAGACCUGGAUCACACCAGGCAACACUGCAACCCCUGCAGCCCUCUCCUCCUCCUUCUCCUUCUCUCACACCCCCCGCCUGUCUGGCCGUGGUGGGGGCACAGGGCCCCUGGGAAGCUUCCUCGAUGAGCUCGACACCCUGCUCAGCUCCUUCCCAGAGGAUGGCACCCCACUGAUCCUCCUGGGAGACUUCAACAUCCACCUAGAUGCCUCCCAGUCCGCAGCCUUCCUGCUCCUACUCCACUCAUUCGACCUCUCCCUGUGCACUUCCCACCAACACACAAGGCUGGCAACCUCCUAGACCUGGUCAUCCUGAGGAAUUGCUCCUCCUCCGAUCCCACAGUGACCCCUCUGCACCAGUCUGACCACCACUUCAUUUCCUUCUCCCUCCCUCUUGCUCCCCUCCCUCCCUGCCCUCCAUCCACUCCUACUGUCAUGGUCCGCCGUAACCUCCGCUCCCUCUCUCCCUCCUCUCUCGCUUCUAGUGUCACUGCUUCACUCCCCCCUCUUGAAUCCUUCUCCAACCUUUCCCACUGACUCUGCAUCUUCCGCUCUGUCUUCCUCACUCUCCUCAGCACUUAACUCUCUCUGUCCUCAGGUCUCCAGGCCGGCACGCUCGUCCCCUCCCAGUCCGUGGAUGUCUGACCCCCUCCGAACCAACCGGGCCAGCCUACGUGCAGCGGAGAGGAAGUGGAGGAAAUCCAUGGCUCCAUCUGACCUGUCUGCCUACCAGUCUCUGCUAGCUGCAUUUUCUACUGCUCACUCCUCCUCCCCCACCUCAGUCCUUCCUCGCUGCAGAUGACUUUGCGGUUUUUUUUUGAUGAGAAGAUUGCAGACACCCGCAGCUCCUUCACAUCCACCGCCACCCUUCCCCACUCCCCCCUCCCCUUGUUUAUCCACUUUCUCUCCCCUCACUGACUCUGAUGUUUCCCAGCUCCUACUCUCCCACCGCCCUACCACCUGUGCUCUUGACCCUAUCCCUUCCUCUCUCCUCCAGACUAUCACACCUGACAUCCUCCCGUUUGUCACCUCCCUUGUGAACUCCUCCUUGUCUUCUGGAUGUUUCCCCUCUUCCUUCAAGCUGGCCCAUGUCACCCCACUGCUGAAGAAGCCCACUCUGGAUCCCUCCAUCAUCCAGAACAACCGUCCUGUUUCUCUUCUCCCUUUUUUAUCCAAAACAAUUGAACGAGCUGCUUCUAACCAACUCUCCUCUUUUCUCUUGCAGAACAACCUCCUAGACCCCCACCAGUCCGGCUUCAGACCUGGCCACUCGACAGAGACCGCACUCCUCUCGGUCUCCGCUCACAUCUCUGCUUGCCUGAGGGACAUCCAGAGCUGGAUGGAUAACCACCAUCUUAAGCUGAACCCAGGUAAGACAGAGAUGAUCUUCAUUCCUGCUCCAUCCUCUAACCUCCUUGACUUUUCUAUUUCCCUAGGGGACACCUUGGUGUCAUCAUCACCCACUGCCAAAAACCUUGGAGUGGUGAUGAACAACAGACUGUCCCUCUCCCAGAACAUUGCGGCGGUGUGUCUAACGUGCAAGUUCUUCCUGUACAACAUCCGGAGAAUCCAUCCCUUCCUCACCACCUACGCAACCCAGCUCCUGGUUCAAGCGAUGGUCCUGUCCCGCCUGGACUACUGCAACUCGCUGCUGGCUGGUCUGCCAGCAUCCGCCAUUAGACCCCUGCAGCUCAUCCAGAAUGCUGCAGCUCGUCUGGUCUACAACCUCCCCAGACAUUCCCAUGUCAGCCCCCCUGCUCACUGACCUCCACUGGCUACCUGUUAUGGCUCGCAUCAAAUUUAAGACUUUGGUGCUUGCAUACCAGGCGGCUAAGGGGUCAGCACCAGGAUACAUCCAGAGGAACAUCAGACCCUACACACCAGCCAGACCUCUCCAUUCUGCCACCUCUGGACGCUUGGCACCUCCCCCUCUUCGUGUCUGUACUUCCCGUUCACAUCUGCUGUCUGUCCUGGCCCCUCGCUGGUGGAAUGACCUUCCCGUGACGGUCAGAACAGCAGAGAAUCUGACAACCUUCAAGCGCAGACUAAAGACUCAUCUCUUCAGGCUGCACCUCUCCCCGCCCCUCCCUAGCCUCUAGUUUAGCUCUACUCUAUUUACCUCAAUGUACCUAGUUAGGCUAAUGCGAUCUCGUUAGUUUUGUAUUUGGCAGGAUUGUUUUGUUUGAUUCUGAUUAGGCAAAUGUGAUUUCAGUGCUAGUUUUGUACUUGGCAGGAUUGUUUUGUU